CUGACCGUGCAUGAUCCGACGCUCAUGCUUCGCGACAAUCAAAAUCGCGUUCGUGUUUUUCACGGCAUGAAUGUUGUAUACAAAGCUGUGCCUUAUGUCCCGCGCACGGACAGUUUUGAUUUUCAAUACAGUUUCUCCCAGGAGGACGCCCAGAUCCUGCAGCAGUAUGGUAUGACGGCGAUCCGGCUUGGUGUCAUGUGGCCAGGCGUUGAGCCCGUGCGUGGCCAAUACAACAUGACGUAUCUGGCUCUCAUGCAGGACAUUGUGGCCAUGUGCGAGAACCAUUCGAUCAGCGUCUUGAUAGAAAUGCAUCAGGACGAUUUCUCCGAAAAGUUCUGUGGCGAAGGCGUUCCCCUUUGGGCAGCUCAACCAGCCAACAACUCCAACUUCCCCGAACCCCUAGCGCCUGGCUUUCCCAAGCAUGGCGUCCCGUCGCCUCAAAACUGCAGUCAAAUCGGCUGGCCCAACUACUACUUCACGACGGCUCAAUGUACUGCAGUGCAGGCUCUCUACGAUAACCAAGAUGGCCUUCUUGACAGUUGGGCAGCCUACUGGGGCAUGUUAGCGCACACAUUUGCCAAUUUUUCCAACAUCAUUGGCUAUGAGCUCAUCAAUGAGCCCUGGGCAGGCGACGUUAUCAAGGAUCCGCUCUUGCUCAUUCCCGGAGUCGCAGACCAGAAGAAUCUGGCCAAGGCGUACGAACCUCUAGCAGCCGCCAUUCGCACACACGAUCCUCAGCGUCCAGUCUUUUUUGAAGGGGUCACCUGGGAUGACGUGCUGGUGGGCUUUGAGCAAGUCCCCGGUGGCCCCGAAUGGCGCAACAAGAGUGUCUACGCCUAUCACUGGUAUCAACCUCCCAAUCUUGAUGCAGACAGUAGCAUCGAAGCCCACCACCGCGAGGCCACUCGCUUGGCCUGCGGUUGGUUUUGCACAGAGGUU